CGGCACCUUCGUCUCCGUAGCAGUCGACGGCAUCCGCUCGCUCUCCAAGAAUGAGGAGACGGCAGCCCACGCGUUGGAGCUCCAGUCCCAAGUCACCGUCGAUUCAGAUGGAUCCGCUGCUCCCGCUCGAUUUUUGGCGCGCCUUUGCCCGGGAAUCGACUCCCGCGCGCGCCACUCCGCGAAUCAGACCAAGAUAAAUUCGUUCCCAGCCUUCGCCUCCGACGCAAGCAGCAGCAGUCGCGCUCAGCAGCAGGCCGCCGCAAGCAGCAGCAGGCCGCCAUGCCGCGGAAAGAGGAAACGACGCGCACGGCACGGAAGGUGCUGGAUGCGCCGGCGGCGCGGGAGCGGAAGGCAGGUACGGCGGCGCUGGGUCGCAGAGGCACAUCGCCGGCGGAUUCCAUCCCCGUUGAUGCGUCGCCGCCAUUCCAGCCAACACCGGUGGCCAGUUCGCCGCUGCCCCACGGUCCGUCGGUGGCUGGUUCCCCGCCGCCCCAGCCAGCACCGGCGGCCGUUUUGCCGCCGUCCCAGCGAGCACCGGUGGCCAGUUCACCGCCGGCCCUCGGUCCACCGGUGGCUUCUUCUCCGCCGCCCCGACCUCCACUGGUAGCCCAUUCCACGCCGGCCACCAUCAUGGUUCGCCGCCGUCAAGCUUCGCUGCCGCCUCAUCAACUGAACAUCAAUGGAUGCAUUCGGAUGCAUCGAAUUGGGAUACUGAUUCAGUUCCACCUGGAGGUUUCACGAGCAUGUUGCAAAACCAAUCUGACCAAUUACCUUCAAAUUUUCACUUUGUUGGUGCAAGCUGCAACCAAGCUAUAUUUAACCGGUCACCAUCAGUGCCUGCAACUGGUCCUCCCAUGUCCCAUCCAAAUGCCAAUGUCAAUGCUGACAAUGGAGGAGCUGCUAGGACCGAUAAACGUAUAAUUUGGUCGGUUGAUGAAGACUCGAGACUGAUGAGUGCAUGGUUGAAAUGUUCCCUGGACCCGGUACAAGGAAAUGACAGGAGGAAGGAGCAGUAUUGGAAUGAUGUAAUUGAUACUUACAACCUUACAACCCCAAGUGUUAGGAGGAGAACUCUAAAGCAAGCAAAGGAUAGAUGGCACAAGAUAAACAAGCUCUCUGAUCUUUUCCACAAUGCUUAUCUGAAAGCUCAGAGGAUAUAUACAAGCAGUUUUAAUGAAGAAAAGUGGAUUGCUGAAGCCCAAAGGUUCUAUGAGGCUGACAACUCUGAGUUGAAGUUAGGCCGUUUCACGUUAAUGGAUGUAUGGUAUCUUAUUAGAAAUGAGCCAAAGUGGAAAACCUAUAAUGAUGGGCUAAAAGAUGCACGUAAAAGGAAAACAUCACACCAAGCUGCUGAUGAAGUAAGCGAUGAAGCAGAGGACAUGGACAGAGAUGAUAAUCCAAGACCACCUGGCCAGAAAGCAACAAAAAAGGCACUCUUCGAAUCAAAGGGGAAGGUUGCAGAGGCAAACCUAGCUGAUGACGAAGAAAUGCAAUUCCUCAAAGAAGCACAAGCCAAUCGAAUGAAGGUCUUGGAAAUGCAGCAAAAGCUAUCAGCAGAGAGGUUGGAAUCAUCAAGACUCUCAUCUUGCAGCAAAGGAACACAAAGAGGCCAAGAAUCUAGACGUAAAAGCUAAGAUGAUGGAUACUUACAACUGUCUCUUGGUAAAAGAUGUACGGUUAAUGACCGAUGAAGAAAAAGCUGAUCAUGUGUCGAUGCUAAAGCAUUUGAAGAAGACACUUUAUCCUGAACUUAGCUGAGGAGACUGGAUGGCCAUUUUGGAGCUGCUCACUGGACUGCAAAUUGGAGUUGGCGUGGAGUUCAGCUAUGCUGCAUUAGUCUGAAUGUUAGCAAGUAGACUUUUUGGGCUUUUUUUGCUACAGACUGGAUGCCAUGAAUGAAAGUCAUAAAAUUUGUCAUUUUUGGGAUUUUUUUGGGCUUUUUUUGCUACAGACUUUAUCUCUGUUAUGUUCUGAAUGUGAAUGUGAACCAGCAAUGUGAAUGUGAAUGUGAAUGGGUCCUUUUUCUGAAUGUGAAUGUGAAAGGGUGCUUUUAUUC